GUAGUGAAAACUACUAACUAUGGAAACUACUGUUGGUUGUCUUUCACGGAAUCAAAGCUUCUAGUUUUAUCGAUUAUACACUAAUAAUUGUACAUCUGUAUCUUGAUGGCUCCUUCAAAUACAUGCAACUGAUGGUUUGGUUCUGCUUCCAGUAAAGUAUUGUCAACUGCCAUAUGUUGCUGCAAAUGUUGUGAUAUUUUGAACCGAGUCUUUCAUUUAUUGAUCAUCUUACAAACUUCCAAAAUUCUUCCAACUUGUGUAUUAAUUAUGAAAGCAAGUUUCUCCAAUCAGAAAGCAACCAGAACAGAACCCUUGACGGGAAAAAAACACCGUUCAUCACAGAUCCCAUCUCUGCCAAAGACAAAGAAGAAGGUGUCAGGUUUGGCAUCCAAAAUGUCACCAAUUUUAAAACGACAAACUUGUACAGAAUCUCUGCAGCAGGAUGGAAAGCAAGAUUACAACACCAACUCAGAUCUGGAGAGGUGUCCAAUUUUCACAGAGAUUUGGCCAUCCUCUGAACCUUCCUCUCCCAGUGAUAUGCCCUCAUCUGACAAGAAUGUGCCAACAUCAAUAUACAAGUCCUCUGAAAAUGACACUGAACAUAGCUCAGUGCUGGCAAAGUAUGUGGAUCGUUUUCGUCAUGGUGAACCACAAAGUCGAGAGGAACGGCAGCAAAAGUCUUCCAACUCCAAAGAACUGCUGCCAUUCUGGUGGGCAGCAUCCCUGUCAUUACCUUCCAAUUUAACACCAGAGAAAACAGAUCAUAGGUUGCCUCAUCACAACAGAGCCAUUUCCCAAAGUAGAGGAUCCCUAAGUGUUUUGUCAGACACCUCCCAAUGUGAACCUUACAAUUCAGAGAUUUUGCAGCUACAAGAGAGAGCCAGCAGACUGUUGCAGAAGGGUGAAUUUACUCUUGAGGAAGAUUCACUCCCUGUGAGCUCAGAUGGUGUAGGAUGCUCUGACUUCUCAUCUCCAGUGAGUGCUGAUGAGCCUGUAAGAAAGCCCCUGAUUCCAAAUAUGCCUAAGUAUAAUAUUGCUAAAGACCCAUUCUCUAUUAUGCCGUCUUCAAUUAAUCCUUUACGCCCAGAGGAGGACAUAUUAUUCCAAUGGCGUUUAAGGAGAAAGAUGGAGAAGGCGAGGGAAAGGAUGCAGUCACAACAGCACUUUGAUCCACAAGGCUGGCAAGGAUAUAAUAAAAGUCUAUCCCUGCAUUCAGAUCAAUGUAUUAUGGGAAUUAAAGAAACGCUUCCUCCAGGUUUGCCACAAGGAACUAGUGGACCUCAUUUAACCACUUUAGAUCAGCAGACCAGAAUAGCUAAUACUACUGCUACUACUAUGCCUACUACUACGGUGCCCUCUAGCUCUAUAGUUUCUUCACCACAAGCUCUUGCCCAUGUUCCCUCCCACAUGCAUUUACUGUGUGAUAUUUUGCCCUGUCCCAAUCAGUCAUCUAAUCCUCAUGAAGAAGAGAUGGUUUCACAAAAACUCAAUUCACAAACUAUUGUUCUACCUCAAAAAACACAAAAUUUACCUCUGGAACCACUCAUAACUGUAAGUGUUGAAAAAGAUGUACAUUUAUCUCAAAGUGAGAGCACAGAGGCACUUAAGAAACAGCCAGAGAAGAGUGAGGAGAAAUCAUCAAUUAUUUCCAAGGAGCAAAAGAAACUGGCAAGGGUUCACUUACAACAGAAAAUACCCUCAAACAUAACUAGUAUGCAGAAACACACCAAUUCUAAGAAGAGCAGAGAUGGGGCACCUUCUCCAAUCCAAAGUGCUUUGGGACAGGUUGUUUCUGAAGUAUUAUUUCCUUCUAUGGACUCAACCCUUGUACAAGAAAUUCCCCCAGCAUCGCCACCCUGCCUGGUCUCAAAACGGCAACAUAGUGACUCUGAAUCUGUAGGAAUAAUUUCACAAUUUCUUCAAGAGGCUGAAGAUUCAGAUGAAAAGGAGUUUGAAGAUGAUCCUUUACUUCAAGUCCUUCGAAAACAGAGAAAAUGGGUUAAAGAACAAAUCAAUGAAGUGGAUACACUGUUAAAGGAAUUCCAAGAACAAAACAAAAUCUGAAUGCAUAAUGUUACUAUUUUUUAAUCACCGUCAAAUAAAAGUUACAUUUUAAUAUUUCUUCAGUGCAAGCA